AUGUUCAAGGCCAGGUUGAACGGGGCUUCAGGCAGCCUGGUCCAGUGGAAGCGUCCCUACCCCUCAGGCAAGCAGAUCCCGCCUUCGCCUUGCCUCAUUCAUGACCGAAUCCUGCGCGCAGGCGGCGGCAGCACCGGGAUCCCGCGGCUCUGCUGGCACCUGCAGCUCCGCAGCCCGGCCAUGUUGUUUGCUGACACUUUAUCCAAGGCUCUCACCAAAAGCUGUGUCCUGCGACAGGGGCAGGCUGUGAACGAGACCAGUGACUGCUUUCUGACGAACAGAGUACUAGAAAAGUACUAUCUCUCCACCAUGUACAGCCUGGAGUUCAUUUUAGGUGCCAUUGGAAAUGCCAUUGUGGUGUUUGGCUAUAUUUUCUGCCUGAAAAAAUGGAAAAGCGGCAACAUCUACCUGUUCAAUUUGUCCAUAUCGGAUUUGUUAUUUCUGUGUACUCUGCCAAUACUGGUGAACAGCUACUCCCAAGAUCAGUGGGCAAAGGAGGGCAUCCUGUGCCACAGCAACAGAUUCCUGCUGCACGCCAACCUGUACAGCAGCAUCCUCUUCCUCACAGCCAUCAGCGUUGACCGGUACAUGCUCAUAAAACACCCCUUCAGGGACCACAUCCUGCAGAAAAGGAAAACAGCUGCCAUGGUGUCUGUUGCCAUAUGGAUUGGGGUGAUCCUGGAGCUGCUGCCACUGCUGCAUUUCCUGGAGCCUCUAACACCCACCAAUAAUUACAAGUGUCUCGAUUACGCGAGCUCCGGAGACCCUGUGACAAACCUCAUCUACAGCAUGUUCCUGACUGUCUUCGGCUUCCUCAUCCCUCUCCUCACCAUGUGCUGCUUCUACGUGAAGAUGGUUCGUUUUCUUAAAAACAGGAGGGAGCAAAUCAGCUCUGCCCUGACCCUGGAGAAGCCCCUCAGCCUGGUGAUCCUCACCGUGGUGAUCUUCUCCCUGCUCUUCACUCCCUACCACAUCAUGCGCAACGUCCGGCUCGCGUCCCGAAUUCCAGCCUUGAACGUCUCUGAGUGCACGCAGGGAAUCAUCAGCACCAUUUACGUCAUCACCAGACCCUUUGCUUUUCUAAACAGUGCCAUUAAUCCUGUUUUUUAUUUCCUGAUGGGUGACCACUUCAGAGAGAUGCUGAUGGCCAAAACAAGACAGCUCUUGGGCAGGCUGACAAGCACCGGGAAGUGA